UGGGCGUGGCGAAGCAAACUUCCCCGAAAAUGGCUGCCGUUUUCCCGAUAACUCAACAGGGUCAGAUCGCUCGCGCUGGACACCAGGAGAACAGCACAAGGGAUCCACACGAUCUGUGUGUGUCUGCUGUCAGCGACUGCUGGAUUUAUGAUCGACACGGUGUGUGUAAAACCUUUAGCAGUUUGCAUCAACACAGUAAAGCAAUCAUCGUUUUCGUGCGGAACUUCUUGUGUUACACAUGCAAAGAAUAUGUGGAGGAUUUGGGGAAAAUACCUCAGCAUAUGUUACAGGAAUCGAAUGUCAGAUUGGUAGUGAUUGGACAGUCGUCGUGUUCUCAUAUCGAGGGGUUCUGCUCUCUGACAGGCUAUCCUCAUGAAAUAUAUGUUGAUCCAGAGAGACAGAUUUAUAAGAAACUUGGACUGAGAAGAGGAGAGACAUACAUGGAGACACCUUCCAACAGUCCACAUGUGAAGUCCAGUCUACUCAUUGGCAGUCUGAGAAGUAUGUGGCGCGCCAUGACCAGCCCUGCUUUUGACUUCCAAGGAGAUCCGUUGCAGCAAGGUGGAGCCCUUAUUGUAGGCCCAGGUCCAGAGGUUCAUUUUGCCCAUUUUGACAUGAAUCGGUUAGACCACAUGCCGAUCAACUGGUUGCUUCAGUUAGCAGGUCUUCACACAUUGGACUUCAGUGAUUGCCCUAAAAUCAUUGAUAUCUAAAAAAAAAAAAAAAAUCAUGAUAGAUCUGCACUCUAUGCUUGUAGCUGUUAUACUGCAACAGGUCUAUGUUUGAACUAUAAUAGCUCAAUAUCGUUGUAUAAUAUUGUUUUUAUAUUAUAUUUAUGUUGGAUAAGAACAAGCCAUUUCACUGCUGAGGACCGUUGAUUUUAUCUCUGUCCUAAAUUACCAUUUGUUUUAUAUUAUGUCUUGAAUUUCAAUAAAUAAAUAAAUUAUAUACUGUA